GCCGGUGGCAGCAGUUCUCUUGGACCUUUUCUCGGUAGAACUGUCAGAAGGUGUCGAGUAAAAACUAACCUAAAAUAAUAAAAGUGUUGAGAAAAUUUGUCAGUGCGAAAACAAUUGUUUAAAAUGUCCGCCGACAGCCAAGUCACCUGGGACACCGAGAAGUGAUCGAUCGGCGAGUAAAAAGCUUCCCAUGUGGAUACUUACACUUUACUCAUCCUCAUACUAUUUAAAUAUAAAUAUAUAUAGAUGUAUUUAUUAAUAUAUAAAUAUAAAAAACGGUGCUCGGCGAUGAGGAAGUGAAAGGUGCUCACAAAUCUUGUUUAAAGUCGUGAUGAGGAUUGUGUCACGGUUAGGAUACGAGUACUGCGAGUACCGUCUUACUUUUAAGGAUCUCUUUAAUAAUAAUAAUAAUAAUAAUAAUAAUAAAUACCUUUUUUAUAAAUUCACAACGCGGUGGCACCAUUUACGAACUCCUGGAGUCCCGAUUAGAGAAAAACCGGCGUCUUGGUCAUUAACCGGCACUUAACAAUUAUAAAUUAAUUAUUUAUUAUUGUUGAUAAUAAUUGCACGCGUGAUGGAAAACAAUGUGAUAAUUUUGUGAGUGGUUUUUAUCGAGUUUUUAAAUGUUUUUGUUGAGGAUGGCUGGGUUUAAAAAUAAGAAGAGCGUGUAAUUGUUUUUGACAGCAGUUUUUUUUGUCCUUUUUUUAUAAUGUGAAAUGCGACUAAUGGAUAAGUAUAUUUGGUAAGAUUUAUCAAUUAAGGUUAGGAGUGAUUGUUGGGGAUUGGUAGUGUAACUAUGCUCAAGUUUUUAACGCACAAACUGAGGACUCACUCGAUCAACGAGGAUCCUAAUCAUGAAAAGGUGGACGAUGACCAUGACUCAGGAACCGAAUCCGAUGAUGAGUUCCAGGACGGCAUUGAUGAAUCAAUCGAGCCUUCGAGUCCUAUGGCAAGUCCCUCAAGCCCCGGACUAACAGACUCAGCAGUCCCAUCGGACACAGACUUCUGUCCCAACUUAUCGGCCUUCGCAUUUGGAACCUCUAUCUCUGGAGAGGAACAACAAGCCGAAGGAAGAACUUCUUUGUCCGACAACAACUUGCACUUGAGUUACAACGACCACCACAGUUCCGAGGAGGAGCUAGAGGUUAUAAACAGUCCGAAAGUGGUCGCGUCUCAGGGCCUCAGGCCCGCUACUGCCCCAGAGAAAAGAAAGUGGUCUCAAGUGAACAAUUCUAACAAUUUGCAGUCGCACUGCACGCAGUCGCAGGCGAUUCCUGGCUCUGGAAGGCCUGGGCCCACCCCCGGGCCUAGUAGUGAUUCUAAUGUUGCAGCCAGCUGUUCUGCUCCUGUUAGCAGGGCUGGAAAGGAACCUGGUUCGGGUUCUAGCGAUGAAGAGGUCCAAGGACUUCUGGGAGCCAACGUGAUCUCUCAACCGGUCCAGUUCCGAAGUUCGCCACCAGUUGACGCUCAUAAACCAGGACGGUCCCAGUCCCCACCGCCUAAACUUUUCCACGCUGCUAAAGCGCCACCUAGGCCCAGGUCCAGGCCCAGGCAUCAUCAUCUCUAUCACCACCAUCACCAUCAUCAUCAUUAUCAGCACCAGCAUCAGCAUCAUCAUUAUCAACAGCAGUACAGUGUAGAUAUGGACGUGGGUGAACUGAGUGCGUGUAGUCCCAGAAAGAGACAUAGACCGCCUCACAGGCAACCAAGGCCUUGUUUAGAUUUUGAGAAAAUGCAGCAGUUAAAAGCCCGAGCAGUAACCGCCUGGAGACACAGUGGGGAUCAUGGAAGUGAACUUUCCGUUUUUUGUUGGUGAGAAUGGUGAACCGUGAGCCAAAAAUCGAUAAUAAUAUUUUUGGUGAGCGGUUAGAUGACUUUUUAAAUUAAAUUUUUUUAAUUACUCGACGUAUAAAUAAAUAUAUAUAUUAUAUAUAUGAUAUACUCUGUCCUUGAAAAAAAGUAAAUAAUAAAAUAAAAUAAAAAAGGCUUUAAUAUUAAUUAUGCAUCGAUAAAACUCAGAAUCUGAGAGAAUAACAAUAAUAAUUAUUAUAAUUACAAUAAUAGUAAUGGAUUCAUACAAUAUAAAUUACGAAAAUUAAAAAUGUGGAACAAAAAAAGUCGGAUGAUAAUAAUAAUAAUAGUGAUGAAAAAUAAUAUCAUCGUGAAAAUAUGGAUUAUCGUUGCACGCGUGCGCACUUAUUUAAUUUUUUCGGCACGCUAUAAGUAUUUUUAAUUUGUACAUACGUAUUUUAAUAAUUAUAAUUUUGAUAGUAAUGAUAGUAAUAAUUGAUUUUUUAAGAAAAUUUUGGAUUUUUGAGAUUUAAAAAUUUUAAUUAUUAAUUAUAUGUGAAAUAUGUGAUCAUAUAUGUCAGGUAUGUGAUCAUAUGUGAAGUUUAUGAUCAGAUAUAAAUCAUAUGAAAUAUAUAUGAUCAUAUGUGGUCAUAUAUGAAACACGUGUUAUCAUAUAUGUAAUUUAUAUGACCAUAUAUGAUACAUAUGUGAAGUAUGUGAUCAAAUAUGAUAUACAUGUGAUCACAUAUAACAUAUAUGUGAGGUAUAUGGUCAUAUAUGAUUCAUAUGUGAAGUAUGUGGUCAUAUAUGACACACAUAUAAAGUAUGUGAUCAUAUAUGUCAUAUAUGAAGUGUAUGAUCAUAUAUGUGAAGUAUGUGAUCAUAUCUGAUCAUAUAAAUAAAGUGUGUUAUCAUAUAUGUAAAUUAUGUGGAGUUAGUGGUCAUAUAUGAUGCAUAUAUGACACUUAUAAAGUUUUUGAUCAUAUAUGAAACAUAUUUGAAGUAUAUAAUUAUAUCUGAUCAUAUAUAUGAAAUAUGUGAUCAUCAGGGCCAGGACUUUCGCAGUUGUUUAAAUGAGCAUUUAUAUGUUCAACCUCAAAUUUGAAUAAAGAAAAAAUUUCCUGGCCCUAGUGAUCAUAUAUGACACAUAUGUAAAUUAUGUAAUUAUAUCUGAUCACAUAUGUGAUGCAUUUCAUCAUAAAUGACAUAUGAUCAUGAUCAUAUAUAU